AUGAGCCUCCCAAGAGGAGAGCGUCUUAUUAUGCAGCCUGAGAGGAUCGCAAUGCAAUUUGUUCGAGUAGCGCAGCACUUCUUGCUUCCUGCCCACCAUGAUGCAUAUGCCACCCUUUUGGGCAAGCCGAAUGCGAUGGUAGGUAUCUCCCACUUCUUCUCAGCAGAGCAGACCAUGUCGACGGCCAUACCAUUUGUCAUCGAGCGUGUUUUCUUCUCACCUCAAGUCAUAUUUCUCAAUGGCGCACUCUCCACUGCAAGGCCAGAGCUCACCGCCGUUUUCUACAACAUUCCAGUACAAGUCAAACCCUCUCAAAUGGUCUUCUGUGUCAUGCGUGGGGCUCACAUUGGUGUAGUGGCAGGCUGGGAGAAUGCGCUUAACUGCGUUCUGGGUGUCACUGACGCUGUUUACUAUGAUGUUGAUUCCGUCGCAAUUGGGGAGGAAAAAGUUAGGAUUGCAAUCGAUGAAGGACACAUUGAGAUGGUGGAACCCUAG